CAACCUACCCUAUCCGUGGCCCCACCACCGUGUCCGUGACGUCACACUGGCUCCACGGUUUUCGGCCCGGAUUCAGACCCCCAGACAGGAGACUGCUGCGGAGUGUUUUGACAGCAUGGCUGAUAAAAGAAAGCUUAAGAAACGAAUAAAAGAGGAAUUGGUUCCUGGCUCCAAAAUAGAGCCGGAGAAGCCAUCCAAAGAAGAAUAUGCUGUUGCAAAAUGGCUUCGCAGCAAUGUUCCAAACAAAAAGACCAAAUUUCUCAACUACAGUGUGGAAUACUUCACAGCUGUAAAAGCAGUAGAUGCCCUGAUGGAGUCUCAUUGGGCUAAAGAAGGCAAAAGUGGUGAAGAACCAAUGUUUACUUGCAGAGAAGAUGUUGUGGAUUUUCUAGAAAGAAUGUUAACCCACAAGUUCUUCCAUCGUGCUAAAAAAGUGGUUGUAUCAGAGCAAGAGCUGAAAGGGAAACAGAAAAAGAAAGACAAGAAGUUGGAUGUCAAAGAAGAAAAAGACGAGAACAGAAAAGAAAAGAAAACUGUUGAAGAAGCAGAAAGCAGUCAUGCUGAAGGAUGCAAGGAGGAAAAAUGCCUGGAGGAAAAGUCACAGAGAAAGAAACGCAAAAUUCGGUUAGAAAUGCACAUGGACCAAAUGUUUGUUGAUGGCUUGGAUGCGUACGUCUGGCUCUAUGAUCCCAUCCCCUUUUAUUACUGGGUAUUUGGUGCUUUGGUAGUUCUUGGAGCAAUUGGCAUUUGUGUUUUCCCCCUAUGGCCUCCAGCAGUAAGGAAAGGCGUUUACUACUUAAGUGUGGCAGCUGCUGGUGUUCUCGUAUUCAUUUUGGCUCUGGCAAUUCUGCGCGUCAUUGUUUUCUGCAUUAUCUGGACACUGUCUUUGGGCAGGCACCAUUUCUGGCUGCUCCCCAAUUUGGUGGAGGAUGUGGGAUUCUUGGCAUCCUUCUGGCCUCUCUAUCAUUAUGAGUACAGGGGAAGUGAUUAUGAUGCAAACAAAUUGAAGAAGAAGAAAAAUAAGAAAAAGAAGGACAAGGAUUCUGAUGCGGAAGAAGAUGCAGAAGGAGAGAGUAAGCGUGGCGUUGAUACUGGAGCUGAAGAAACAGGUGCUGAAGAUGAAAAAGACAUGGACAAAAAUAUUGAGAGGCACACCAGUGAUGUUGGAGGAAAAGAUACUGAAAGUGAAUCAGAAAGUAGUCAAAAAUCUACUACUGGUCGUGAUUUUGAAAUGGUCGAAAAAGAGGAUGCAGAGGAUUCUUCCUCUUAGUUUGUAAUGUAUUUUUAAAAUAAACCUAUGAGCUUUAUUUUCAAUCAAAAUUUCUUUUGGGAACUGAGGCUUAGUUUUCAAGAGAAAUCUUUCUCAAAACAUGGUUUUGUUUUUGUUUGGUCAAGUCUGGCCAGUUAAAGGCAACUCUUUGAAUAUUUUACUGUGCAGCGUACAUAUGUACACAUACAGCUCUAGAGAUAUGUGUAUGGUGCACUUGUGAAAGGCAUUAUAGGAUGCCAAAUGUUAAGCUAAAUUUUCUUUAGCCAAAGAGGCAUUACCAAACACAGUCAAGUAGCCCAUGCCUAUUUGAUUUCCAUCCCUCCUAACUUAGAUGGUGAUUUUUCUGCUGUGCUUCAGCAGAUUUGUCCCUUAUUUUUUGUUUCAUAUUUUCUGAAUCUUCUGCAUUGUUCCUAUGAA